AUGUCUCCUACACAAACCGAGGACGAAUUCGAUGCACUCCCUGAUGAUUUCGAAGGAAUCGACUUUGAUUCAAUACCUGAGCUUAGUACUAACUCACAGAUACAUCCCGCUCACUCCGAAGACGACCAGUUCGACGAUUUUCCAGAUCCAUUCACAGGAGUUGACUGGGCGACCGUACCUGCUUUGGGUGUAACGACUACUUCAGACGCUGUUCACGAUGCUCAGGACGGACCUACUCUGCCACAGCGUCAAGAUGGUGAACCCAGCCGCAUAUCAACACCGCCACCCCGUCCUGACAGCUCGCGUUCGUCGACACAGUAUUCAUUCGACGAACUGGAUGCUGCGUUCUUGGAGGAGCUAGAUGCCUUGGAGUCCCGUCUCUGCGGAGGUGCUGCACAGGCUCCUAAUUUAUCAUCUACUGGGGCAGACACAUUGCCAGAUAACACUGUUGCCGCUCCCGGUUCACUUAUUCACGCCACGCUUUCACCUCCCCCUCUGGUCCAUGAACCGAUAUUUGUAGACAUCCGUGCAGAGACGUCAAAGGAUUUGAAGAAUUCUUCCAAGCGAAGUCGGACUAAAAGCUUCUCUUCUGAAACCACAUCUCCACGAAAGAAGAGUAGGGGAGAGAAGGGGAAGAACAUUGACCUUCAUGGCAGUGUCCAACGUGUUUUGGCCGAGUAUGAAGAUGAAUUGACUUGCCCAAUUUGCUGCGACAUCUUAACCGCUGCACAUUUGGGAAAUCCAUGUGGUCACACUUUCUGUGGGGAGUGUGGAUGGGGUUGGAUAUCUAAGAAUAGACGGUUUCCAACCUGUGCCAUCUGUCGUGCCCAGUUAGUCCAGAGUGCACCCAUGAUACCCAAUUUUGCGAUGGACAACACAGUCGAGAAACACGUCAAUGCCCUUGCUGCCAGCGGAAAUGCUGAGUGGCGACCUGGCGGGUCCAAGCAUGUCGAAUGGAUGCAGCGCAAGGAGAGAUGGAAGGCUAGCGCAUCUAGACACGCAAUGGAAAUUCGGCGAGGUUUACCGUCAGGCCUUCCGCUCCGUAGUCGUUCUCAAAGCAGAGUGUAUUCCUUGAACUUUGGACUAGUACAAGCUGGUGGUGCCCUGAAUCCAGCGGUCGAGUGGUCCUCUAGCGACCUCGAAGAUGAAGACUACGUCGAUCUUACAACAGAAAUACCUGAAGACGAAUAUGUUCCGAGUCCAGCGGUCGUAGAAAGAGGGAUCGUUUUUACUGGAGGUCAGGCGGAGCAUGGUAGUGACAGAAGGAGACGAGGCCGUGGCCAGGGUCGGCUUGGUGGAAGGGACCGUUAA